AUGGAAAAGGCCAUUUAUUCCAAGGAUGGCAAGCGGGUGAUCAACCUCAAGUCCCGCGAGACGUUCAAGACGGAAAACGUGAGUUUCGAGUGGGGUGCGGACGACUCCAAGCCCAAAUCGAAAAAGAAGAAGAAGAGGAAGUCAAAGGGUCAGCAGGUGAUUAUCGACAGCAUCGAUCUGGAUGAACGCAGCAUUGUUCACGGAGUCAUGGAAGCCAAGAUGAAGGCUGAAAAGUUGGCGCGUCUGAAGAAGUCGGUCAAUGAUACCUUUCCACCGUCUCCGGCUUCAGGGCUUUCGCCUAGCAUGGAACGACAGACUAUCAAGUAUUUCUGGCUCUCUCUGACGUCCGAGCAGCGACGGGAAUUGGUUCAGGUGGAAAAAGAGGCGGUGUUGAACAAGAUGAAACGCCAACAGAAGAACACGUGUGAAUGCGACAUUUGUGGACGGAAGCGCGUGGCCAUUGAACAGGAGCUGGAAACAUUGUAUGCCGACUACUACAAGGAGCUGGACGCUCUGGCCGAGUCUAAGGACCUACCAUUGUUGCCACUACCUAGCAUGGGUUUUUUCCAGGCUGACGAUGUGUUGCGAGGAGGGCAUCAGGACGGCAACACCACGGAGGAGCUUAGUGAGGCUACCAACCGACUCUCGAUAGCACCAGCGACAACUGCAACAACUCGACCUUUGCCACAGAAUCUGGGCAAGGAAAUUGACGAGGAAGGCGAUACUGAGGAGGACGAACCCUAUGGGUUUGAGGAGGGCGAAGAUGUGCAGAGCCUUGAUGUUUCAUCUGUGGCUGACGAUCUGCUGACCAAUGACGGCAAGAAGUUCAUUGAAAUGAUGGAGCGUUUGGCAGAGAAACGGGCGGGUCGCAUUGAGGAAAUUAGGGAUGGAGAGGAUGAGGAACCCGUGGUGGUGGAAGACGACAAUGACGAUGAAGAGUACGAAAAUGACUCGGACUACUCGGACUACUCCUCGGAGUAUUCCCAGACUGGGGAGUCUCUUACUGCUGACCAGCGCAUGGAGGAGGGACGUCGCAUGUUCCAGAUAUUUGCCGCUCGUAUGUUUGAGCAGCGGGUUUUGCAUGCCUACAAGCAGAGCGUGGCUGCACAGGUCAAGGCUGAGCUGCAGCAGAUGGAGGAGGAGAAGAAAACAUUAGACCUUGAGAAGGAGGCCCGUGAUCAGCAGCGACGAGAGCGUAAAAAGGAGAAAAAGCGCGCUCAGAAGGCUAUCAAGGAGGAGGAAAAAAGAAAGGCUGCCGCUGAGCGAGAAGAGCGUGAGAAACGUGAAGCUGAAGAGGCUGAACGACUGCGUUUGGAGGCCGAGCGAAAGCAGCAGGAAAAGGAAAGGGAAAAGGCCGCUCGAAAGGCCGCUUCCGAGGCUAAGCAGAAGGCCCGUCAAGAAGAGCAGGCACGACUUGCCCGUGAAAAGGAGGAAAAACGACUCGCUCGAAUCAGAGAGAUGGAAGAACGCAUGAGAUUGGCCAAGGAAAAGGAGGAGAGGGAGAAGGAGGAACUUAGAGCGCGUCAGCAACAGGAGGAGGAUGAGAGGAGGGAGAAGGAGAGGUUGGAGGAAGAGAGAAUCGAAAACGAGAGAUUAGAGGCCGAGAGAAUCGAAAACGAGAGGCUUGAAAAGGAGCGAGAGCAGCAGAGAUUGGAGGAGGAAAAAGAACGACAGAGAAUCAAGGAGGAGCGAGAAAAGCAGAAAUUGGAAGAAGAGCGUGAAAAGCGUGCAUCCAUGUCAAUUCCUCUUUCCAAACCUCUUCCCGGAAAGACUCAAAUCCCUGCAAGCCAGCCGGGUACUUCUCUUGGAGGUCUUCAACAGCCUGUGCCACAGGCGGCUCCUGUGGCCCCUGUAGCAAUGAUGCCGCAGUCUCCAUCUCCUCAACUUCCUCCUGGUCUCACUCAACACGUGGCCCAAUCACAGAUUCUGCUGGACAGACUCACUCCUGACCCCACAAGCAGAAUGACUCCCGAACGGCAUACCCCUAGCCCCGGAAGUACCACUAGUAACGCUAAAACGCUGUUGGACUCGCUUUUGCGACCUGCACAAGGCCCAAGCACACCGCCUCCAGGCCCAGGUACCCCCAGAUCAUCCAUCAGCCAUGUUGCGCCUGUUGGUGCUAUCGGUACCAUUGGAAGCCCCGGUCAGGUUAACCAGCAGCCCCUUCAUGUUCAUCCUGGACAUAUGAACCACCUAUCCCAGGGUCCUGUGACUCCAGGUCAAGUGAACCACCCAGUGGGUAACAUUGGACACGUCGGAAACGUGGGCACUGUGGGAAGUAUCGGUCUGGUGAAUCCACCCGAACAACCCAUUAGUCAGCCCAUUUCUCCACCCUCGACCACUCUUCCAAUCUCUCAGCACCGAUUUGAUCCCUGGAAUUCUUCUUACUCCGGUAUCGCGUCGUCGAGCACCCCUGGAAACCGACUAUGGGGUUCUUCUGGAGAGGUCCCUGGAAACGUGAUUCGUCAAGCUGCGUUGGACGCCUAUGAGGAGCUGCACAAAAACGGGUCCAUUGAUUGUAACGGAUUUGUAAACUCUCGAGCUCUUCAGAAUACAGCCCAAAAAUACUCGUCUACAGGUCAGGGAUUCGGUGUCAGUGAGCUAUUCAAGGCCUGUCAAGGGAGUUUCGAUAUUGUUGGAGGCUUGAUGAAACCCAGAGGAGGAUUGUAA